CGCCCGCGCCCACGAGCCUCUCCACCUCCCACCUCUGAGAGCGCGCGCAAACUACAUACUGCCAGACGCGCGCAAAGGCGAAACAAAGAUGGCGGCGGCGGGGAAGCGGCGUGAUGAGUAGGAGGAGGAGAAUACUACCGUGAAUCGAAUACUAUAAAUUUAAACUUGGAAUAGUAAAAAAAAGAGAAAUUACUGAAUAAUCUCUUUUUUUUAAUUAAAGAAAUAGAAACACUAUUCCAGACAUAUCUCUAUAGAAGUGGGGUUUUCUUUAUAUAUAAUAAAAUAAGAAACUCGCCGGCAGCAUGGCUUCACACAGUAACCAGUAUAUCUUUGGGGAGUUCAGCCCUGACGAAUUCAAUCAGUUCUUUGUGACUCCCCGCUGUUAUGUCGAGCUUCCCCCAUUCAAUGACAAAGUCCCAUGUGUCAGUCAGUCCUCCGGAGAGGAUUUUCAGUGUAUCAAGUUUGGGGUGGAUGAGGUUAUUGAUCUGGAGUCUGUUGGACAGAAAGAUUCCAUGUACAAAGUUUCCAGCACUCUUAACCCCCAGGCUCCUGAGUUCAUUCUGGGCAGCCAACCCUCACAGAACGUCCUGGACAGCUUGCAGGCUGCCGACUCCAGCAGGUUCAACUCCAUUGACUGCCAGCACUCUGAGCCCUCUUCUCUGGACAGCAACAGGGCUUUCCAGGACAUGGACAUGGACAUGGACGGGACUUCGGGCAGCCUGGGGCAGCGGGAGCGGAAAAAGAAGAAAAAGCGACCACCAGGAUAUUACAAUUAUUUGGAGGGGUCUAGUAGUAGCAACAGCAGUAGCAGCAGCAGUGCUCGCGCCCACCCUGAAACCCACCUAGUAGUUGGACUGGUCAAUGGACACGCACUGAAUGUGACUGGCCUUGGCAACUUGGGAUCAGAGGAGGUGGGGACAGCUACAGAGACCUCUACUGAAUUUCCCAGGAGUAGCACUGACAGCAGCGCUACCACCCCCACUAUUAUUACCACUACUUCACCCACAACAGUGUCGUCAGCCAUCAAUCGGAGGACUUGUGAAAGCCCUGAUGACACUAUUUUUGACUUUAUGAGCGGAGCCAUAUCAUUAUCGGACAGUAACAACGCAGCCACCUCCUCUUCCUCCUCCCACAGCAGCGGGGUGGCGGAGGGAGGCAGGACUGCUGAGCAGCGGCCAGAGCCUUGCGCUCUGGGGAACACUGAACUGCUAUUUAGUGGAAGGGACAGCCCUAGUCCCACUCCUCCCUCUUCCUCAAUGAGGACAUCGCUUCCGCUUGCAUCUUGCGUUGUUACUGCGUCUUCUGCUGCUAGUGUUAACGCUGCCAAUGACACAGCUUGUACUGCCACUAGUACGACUACUACUACUGAUGAGGAGGAGGAGAUGGUCAGCUCUGUUUCCAAUGGGCAGAUGGUUGCUGAGACUUCUGGCUGUGGGGAAGCACAACAGGACUCAACUGAGCUACUGCAGCGACAAUUGGAGGCCCCUGAAGGCUCUGAUGCUGAGGCAAAGCUAGCAGAAGAUUUGGGUUUGUCUGCUGCUCCUCAGGCAACAUCAGCGGGUGGUACUGCAGCCACCCCCCCUGCCAAAUCCUGGGCCAGCCUCUUUCACAAUUCUAAGCCCUCUCCGGGUGGGCCAGUGGCUUACGUUGAAAUAAAAAGCAUGCCAACCUCCUCCACUGCCAAUACCCCAGCCACAGAUCAGGCCCCUGAGCUGCCAGGAGAGGUUAAAGAGAGUCCUGUUCAUGUGUCUGAGGAUCCCAUGGCUCCUAAGCUUGCAGAGUUGAUUGAGAAUGUGAAGCUGAUACACAAGCCAGUGUCGUUGCAACCAAGAGGGCUGAUCAACAAGGGAAACUGGUGCUACAUCAAUGCUACUCUACAGGCUCUGAUUGCUUGCCCCCCAAUGUAUCACCUGAUGAAGUCCAUUCCGAUGUUCAAUGAAACCCAGAGGCCGUGCACUUCAACACCCAUGAUCGACAACUUUGUUCGACUUGUGAAUGAGUUCAGUAAUAUGCCUGUACCUUCCAAGGCAAAACAGCAAGCUGCUGGAGACAAAAUAAUGAAAGAUGUCCGACCUGGGAUUCCCUUUGAACCCACCUACAUCUACACACUGCUUACUGUCAUCAAGUCCAGCCUCUCUGAGAAGGGUCGCCAGGAGGAUGCAGAGGAGUUUCUGGGCUUCAUUCUAAAUGGACUACAUGAGGAGAUGUUGUCGCUGAUAAAGCUAAUCUCUCCACAGGAGGAACAAGUUUCUACACUAAAUGGUCCAGAUUCCCAGCCUGGAUCAGAAGAGAAGGCAGAGAACGAGGAAGGUAGCGAGGAUGAGUGGGAGCAAGUGGGACCCAAAAAUAAAACCUCCAUUACCCGACAGGCAGAUUUCAUUCACACCCCUAUUACCGUCAUCUUCGGAGGGCACAUCAGGUCUGUGGUUUACCAGCAGAGCUCGAAGGAGUCGGCGACACUGCAGCCCUUCUUCUCACUGCAGUUGGACAUUCAGUCAGAGAAGAUCCGCACAGUGCAGGAGGCUCUGGAGACGCUGGUGGCGCGCGAGUCUGUUCAGGGAUACACCACUAAAAGCAAGCAGGAGAUUGAGAUCAGCCGGAGAGUUACUUUGGAAGAGCUUCCCCCCGUAUUGGUCCUGCAUCUUAAGCGGUUUGUUUAUGAGAAAACUGGAGGGUGCCAGAAAUUGAUUAAGAACAUAGAGUACCCUGUUGAUCUGGAAAUCAGCAAAGAUCUCCUCUCACCAGGAGUGCGAAGCAAGAUUUUCAAAGGCCAACGAUCCUACAGGCUCUUUGCAGUUGUUUAUCAUCAUGGGAACAGUGCUACUGGCGGCCAUUACACCACGGAUGUCUUCCAUAUCGGUCUUAAUGGCUGGCUGCGCAUUGAUGACCAGGCAGUGAAAGUGAUCAACCAAUACCAGGUGGUGAAGCAGACUGCCGAGCGCACAGCAUAUCUGCUGUACUACCGCCGCGUCGACCUGCUGUAGAGCUUUUAAAUGAAAACAAACUGUUUAACGAAACAAGAACACUGCCCAACUUCUCUUGCAAGACUUCCCCCUGCUUUUCCAGAGCCAGCUUUUCCAAUUCCUUUAUCCUUUUAUCUUUUUGAAAAAUGAAAAAAAAACAAAAAAAAAACACUUACCUGAAAUGGCUUUCUUUUGUCCUUGCAGCACUGGGUUUUAGAAAAAAAAAUAGAUUGAGUUGGAGUGGGGAUUGAUGGAAUAAAAGGACACUCGUUCCAUCUUUUCAUCCCCCAGCCUUGAAUUCUGGGAACUUUUUAAAUAAAAAAUAAAUAAAUAAACAAACUUAACCAGGCAAGGCUGCAAAAAGUUGGACUGGUGGAAAGUGUAUAUUUUUUCCUUUUAAUGAGGGUGCAGAGAAAUUGAACAUAAUGCCUUUCUGCAAGGGGAGUUGACACAGUAAGUUGAUUUGCAUUUUCCACCUCUUCAAUUUGCUUAGUGCAAAAAGAAUCCUGCACCAGCAAACAACCUUGUGUAGAUCUUAAUAUAUGAAUACUCGAGUGCUUGUCUCCUGAUUCGAAGUUUUCCUCACCACCUCUUCCCCUCCCCCUUUCUUUUCCUGCCUACCCCCCUGUUCUGCUUUUUAAUCUAGGUAACACUUGAGCCAUUGAAAUGAGAAGAGAAAUGUUACCAUGUGCUUGAAAAAAUGCUUAUUUGUUUGAGAAAGCCUCUGGUUUCUGGGUGUAGAAUUAGAAUGAUGAAAAUCUAAAAUAAAUGAAAAUGCGCUUUAGGAUUUAAAAAGGCUUAAAUGCACGUAAAUAAAAAAAAUAUUAAAGACGUGCAGUGCAAUUUUUUUGCGAUUUUAACAAAAAGACAAAAAAAAAGUAUAUCUGGAGGAGAUGGGUGAUUGUCACUUUCACACUCCCUGGGGAGUUCUAAUAAGAGUGAUGCUUUCUGUGUACACAAGCUGGAGAAAAACCAAUGAAGAUUGAAAUAUUCCAUAAUAAGCCUGCCUUUGUUUACUUUUUGUCAUUACAUUUUUUUUCUCCUUCCAUAAGGUUUAACUGUACACAGUUCAGUGAUAUUUAUAGAACUCUUAAGUGAACACCCAUCCAAUAGUGUCACAGAGCUGGUUUAAGAGUCUGUUUUUGUUUUACUCUGUGUGCCCUCCUCAUGGUUCAAACUUGUCCUAGUUAGAUUACGAAUUUGUAAUUUAAAGUCAUGGCACUGCAGGUUUCUUUUCUUUCAUUUAAUUUACUUCAAUUUCAUCUUUUAUAUAAAUUUGUUUAAAGUGUUGCCCUUUCUUCAGUGCAGUGACUGAUUGCAAGACAUGCAUACCUCCUAAAAGCACAUAACAGGAUCAUCACAUUUGUUUGUAUUGGAGCCAGUACGUAUUUACUGAUUUUGUAUUAAUUUAAAUUUCACUCUAUAUCAAAGUAAAAAAAUGAUUAGUGGUUCCUAAUGUUCAGUGUUUUUGUUUUUUUUUUGCCCAAUCACAUUUCUGUUGUGCAUAAAUUACAUUUGGAACAUUUUAUCCUUGGUUACAAAUCAGUUUCACUCACAACAACAAAUUACAUUGUUCAAGUCCACAUUUUUACAAAAAAAUGCAGUGUUUCAGAAGUUGAAUCCCUUAAAAUGAAUAUUCAUCUCAGUGAAGUUUGUAUAUUUUUGAAAUGUAAACUACUUGUCGCUGCAGUGUGUGGACUGGUCACCUUUGUAUUAAAGUAUUAAAUGGAACAUGUUUGUAUUAAUCCAUGAGAAAACUAAUAAGAGAAAUGGGUUGUUUUGAGAACUUUAAUUGGCCAACAAAUAAAACAAAGUACACAAACUUUUGGGUGCAUACAA